ACUAAAUACGAAGCUCAUUCGAGACUUGUCGUAUUUUGUAAACAAACAAAUGUUUCUCCCUGAUUAACAUGAACGCUAGAUCACAUGUUUUUGAGUUUGUAAGUAUUAUUCUGAAACGUUUAUUUCUUUCGGCUAUAUUGUGAAUCUACUUUACAUUAUACACUCGAAUGUAUCCUAUAAGAUUCAUAACGAGCGAUAAUAUGGAAUUUCUUUUGGAAAUAAACUGUUUUACAUAGAUUUCUCGUCGAAAUGUAAAUGAUUUUUUAAAAUAGCUAUCCCUAAUUUUUAUAUAUUAACAUAAAAUGCUAAAUAGAAAAUAAUUCCAUUAUAAGAUCUAUUUUUAAUUGAUAUAACGUUGUCUUAAUAAUUACAUUAAUUUAUGUCUUAUUACAGACGGUGGAAGGUCGGCAAGUCGAAGAGGUUCUGCAAUGUACGUAAAUAUCCAUUUAUAGUUUUAAGUUUUUCCUUAAUUGACAUUUUCAAAUAGGCAUUUUCCAUUCUUUACUGUUCCAUCGUAGUAUGGGAAAGAUUCAUUUUCAACAAGGCUGCAGAAACUAUACUAUUGGUUCAAUUGGUAUUGUUGAUGUUGAUUGUGAUUACAUUGACUGUACCUAUGUUAGGCUGGGAUCUGAUGAGUUGGAUGCCGCCGUUAAGCGGGAAGUGUCUCUUUUUCAAUGUUCAAUCAGUCCAAAUGAAUUGGAAACAUCGGGCGCAAUUUCGUUAGAAUUUUAUCAAAAGAGAAAGGCACGUUGGCCAUUCCCAUCCGAAUGUACUCCAUGGGAAGUAUGGACAACCCGAUUGAAUAUAAUAAAUUUGAAUAAUGAAUUGGAACGUCAAGAGUUUCAUAAGUCAGUUGGUGAAGCUGCAAGGGCAAAAAUUCUGCAAAUAUCUCAGGCUAUGGACAGGCACGAUUAUGUACCGAAAAUGACAAGCGCUCGCGAUCUUGAUCUCAUUUUUGAUACCAGCUAUCCCGAUGUACAACCUUACCUGCAUAGAAUAACACACGACAUGUCAUUAUCGGCUUCUUCCGUUGGUACAACAGUCCGCCGUUUUUUCAAGGAUACUUUACAGCUUUGA